UUCGGCAGUGCCUAGAAUCACUGUGUGUGUCAUAUAAUCCUUUUCUUCAUCGUUUCGGUGAACGUGAAAUUGAGUAUUUUGCUUCUAUCUAAUUUAACCAAUUUAUCAUUUUAAACAACAUUUUGAUCUCGCGUAUUCGGUUAAUUCUUACGGAUCUACGAAGACACUAUGAAGAUCCUUGUGCUGUUACUCGGUCUAACGGUGGUAUCGUAUGCACAAUACAACAGAUAUCCAUACAACCCCGAGUACUACGGCAAACAUAUCGCCAUAUUGCGACAAUCGAAAGACACAGCACCAGAUGGAUCUUAUUCCUACAGUUACGACACCGAAAAUGGGAUCUCGGUAGCGGAACAAGGACGUCCAAAGAACAUUGGUCCAGGUCAAAUCGAGGAGGUCAGAGGUCAAUAUAGUUACACGGCACCAGAUGGUACACCGAUAUUAGUCACUUACAUCGCAGACGAAAACGGCUUCCAAGCGAGCGGUGCUCACCUACCUACACCACCGCCCAUUCCACCUGCCAUCCAACGAGCCCUCAGCUACAACGCGGCUCAUCCCGAGGAGGAGGAGCCUUACAGAAGAUAUUAGACACGACUCUAUUUUUUUCGAUCUCUCUUUUAUCUUUUUCUUUCUCUCUUUAUCUCUGUCUGUCUCUCUCUCUCCCUCUCUCUCUCUCUCUCUUUCUAUUUCUAUUUCUCUUUCUCUUUCUCUUUCUCUUUCUCUUUCUCUUUCUCUUUCUCUCUUCUUUCAUUAUAUUAUUCUUAUCGUAUUUUACGAGUAUCACGAGUAUCAGAACGAUUCGUUCGUGAUCGACAACGAAGAUGAUCGUCUAAUUCUUUUUCUUCUUCUUCUUCUUCUUCUUCUUCUUUGUGGAUAUAUCAUUUUUCAAAUCAGCUAGCUUGCCAAGACAUAUAACUAUAAAAGCCAGAAGGAACUGCCCAUAACAUCUGAAACAUGUAGCUAUCCUUUUUAUUCAAUCCUCCACGUUGAUAGAUAAAGAUGAACAUUAAAGAAAUUGAGCGAGGAGGAUCGAAGAGGUUCGCCUUUAUUUAAAGUUUUAAAUUAUGCUCUUUAUUGCUCUUCUCUCUCUCUCUCUCUCUCUCUCUCUCUCUCUCUCUCUCUUCUUCUUCUUCUCUUUUCUUUCUUUCCUUCUUAUACUCUCUAUUUUUAUGUACGUAGUAUGUCUACUUACUCGUCAGUUUGUUUCGUGUGAAAAGUCAAGUGGGAAAUCUCGGUUAGAGGCAAAGUCACAUCGAGAAGUAUUUAGAUAAUGAUCUGAUGGAAUCAAAGAUUUCUUUAGAAAGAUAAAGGACAAUGUUAUCGUAACGUCAAAUCGUGAUGUUAAAAAGAAAGGAAAUUGUCUUUAAGUGAUCGGUCUGGCGUGAAAAAGUUUAAUGUAAUUUUCUUCAAUGAAAUAAUCAAUGCUGACGAAAUCCAAAUAGCGAGAAAAUAAGAGAGAAAAAGAUAGAGAGAGAAAGAGAGAGAAAGAGUUUGCCGGAUACGAUACGAAGAGGAGAUCACUCACGAUUAGAGAAGAGCUGCUUCAGAUUUAUCUAGACGAUAAAACGUCGAAUUAACGUGCGCUAUUAUUGUUCUUUUAAUAGAAUGUAACCGCUUGUGUCUUUAAACGAAGGUAAAUACAUGCAAUCGAUUUGAAACUGAA